AUGCCUUCACGCAUCUGCUCCUGUGGGUGCGCUUCGGACCGCGAGGGGGACCGCGAGGCGCCGGAUGUGGAGACCCGACUGCGGCACUUGAAGAACAGCUUCCAAGUCUCGGCAGCCGAGGUCGCAGCCCGCCUGGAGGAUCUGAGAAGGCGGCCCGUCUGGGAUGCCUAUGCGGAGUUGGCCCAUGAGGUCGAGGAGAGUGGCUCCUCGAGACCCCAGCACGGAGCCCACACUUUCAAAGUCUUUUCGAUCUGA